AGAAGGCUGGACUGUACUUAAAACGGAACUUUCUGCUUCCUCUUGUACUGUUACCAUAUAUUCGACAACAGCUGUCAUAUUGCUAUGUUAUACAGGUCACUGUUGGCGAGUGCGUGCACUCUCGGUGUUUUUGGAGCUGCUACGUAUAAAUUUGCUCCGCCUAAGAUACAAGCAGCCGCCCUCAGUUCAGUUGUGAGAAAAUCCUCUAUUGUGGAACUAACUGACAUGAAGAUUGAACUACUUCCAGCACUCUCAGAUAAUUAUAUGUACCUUCUCAUUGAUAAGGAUACAAAAGAAGCAGCCAUUGUUGAUCCUGUGGAGCCAGUAAAGGUUGUGGACGCGGUAAAAAAGCAUGGCGUGAAACUUAAAACGGUCAUGACCACACAUCAUCACUGGGACCAUGCAGGUGGGAAUGAAAGAAUGGUAAAACUGGUUCCGGGGCUGACAGUCUACGGAGGGGAUGACCGAGUGGGUGCCUUGACCAAUAAAGUGAAACACGACAACACAUUCAAGGUUGGCUCACUCAAUGUUAAAUGCUUGUUCACUCCAUGCCACACUACUGGACACAUCUGCUACUUCGUGACCAAGGAGAACAGCACUGAACCACCAGCUGUUUUCACAGGAGACACCCUGUUUGUUGCUGGCUGUGGGAAGUUCUUUGAGGGCACUGCAGAGCAGAUGUACAAAGCACUGAUUGAGACUCUUGGUCAGCUCCCUUCUGAAACGCGUGUAUUCUGUGGUCAUGAAUACACUGUGAACAACCUGAAGUUUGCACGCCAUGUGGAACCAGAUAAUGAAGUAAUUCGGAAAAAGCUUGCCUGGGCCAAGGAAAAAUGCUUAAAUGGAGAACCAACCAUCCCAUCAACCUUGGCUGAUGAAUUCUCGUUUAACCCAUUUAUGAGAGUACGGGAGAAGUCAGUCCAGGACCAUGCAAAGACUAGCGACCCCAUUGACACAAUGCAAAGCAUUCGAAAGGAGAAAGACAACUUCCGUGUCCCCAAGAACUAAAGCCCAAAAAGCCUUCCAUGCCACAGUCUACUCUGUUAUUACUACACUACAUACCAGGAGUAUCAAAAGUUACUUCUGACAAUAACAAAGCUAUUUUAGCUUACUUGCUUUUCUUUUUAAAUGCUGUUUCUCUGUGGCAUCACUGGUAUUUGAAACAUGAUUUGGUUCAUGCAGCGUGUACAGAAUGAUA